AUGCUCUUCACCACGUACCUCACCGCCUUCAUUGCAGCGGCAGUGAAAUCCGUCUCCAGCACCUGUCUCCAGCACCUGUCUCCAGCAGCCCCCGUCCCCCAUCUAGUCGCCCGGCGGCAACUACCCGAUGCCCAUCGACAUCACGGAGACGCGGCCGAACCAGAUGACCUUCACCAUCCCUGCCAACGAGACGGGGCCGUGCUAGCUCGUCGUCGACUUUCCCUACGGCUACCCGAUGACGAGCACGGAGUCCGACCUCGUGUACGUGGCUGCGCUCAACGGGCCGGUAGAGGUCGAGUUUGA